AUCUUCUUUCUGUUCAAGUGCCAUUUCAUUGCAUGCAGUGCAGUCUAUAAAACAGAAUGUGUUCUCGGCGGAUCUCGAGUUUCCUAUCACUUAUCGUCAUUCGUAGCGUAUAAACAUAACAGCACGCGGUCAUUAACUUACAAAUUGUUUACGUGCCGUCCGACACAUGGGAACCCGGUAAUAUCGUGCACGGAAUACCAGUUUCCGCGCUAUAAAAAACACGAUCGUGCCAUUGUUAGCGUCGUGCACUACGGGGUUCUCGGGUCGAAAAUCUUGGAACAUUUUUUACGUGAGCAAAAUGUCAUGCAGCUACGCGGACGGUCUCUCCGAGUACGAAGACAAAGGAGUUCUGGGCCUUGAAGAGAGAUACGACAGCGUCGAGGCGUUACGACUGAAAUGCGGCCUCCUGGCCGAUUGGAUACAGGCGGCGAGGCACGUCGUCGUUCACACCGGCGCCGGCAUCAGCACUGCUGCGGGCAUUCCGGAUUUUCGNNNNACAAAUGGAGUAUGGACAUUAGAACAAAAAGGUCUGAAACCAGCAAUGAACAUUACCUUUGACGAAGCAAUUCCCACAAAGACACACAUGGCAUUAAAAAAGUUGAUAGAUGCCAAGAAAGUUAAAUUUAUCAUAAGUCAGAAUAUCGAUGGUUUGCAUCUUCGAUCCGGUGUGCAGAGACAGCACCUAGCAGAAUUGCAUGGUAACAUGUUCACGGAACAAUGUGACAAGUGUGGAAAGCAAUUUAUUCGAAACUUUGCUACUAAAAGCGUGGGAAAGAAAUGCCUUGAGACGGUAUGUAGAUCAGAGCAGAUAGGUGGUCGUCCAUGUCGUGGACGCAUGCACGAUACCAUUCUCGACUGGGAGCACAACUUGCCAGACAGCGACUUGACGUUAUCCGAUCUACACUCUAGUAUCGCAGAUUUAAGUAUAUGUCUUGGGACAACGCUCCAGAUCAUACCGAGUGGUAAUUUACCACUGUAUACUAAAAAGUACGGAGGUCGACUCGUUAUAUGCAAUCUGCAGCCUACAAAACAUGACAAAAAGGCGGACUUAAUAAUCAACGGCAAGGUUGACGAGAUAAUGAUAAACGUGAUGAAAAAAUUAGGGAUGGAGAUCCCUGAAUACGAAAGUACAAUGGACCCGACACGUAACUCCGAAACAACAUCCAAGGAAAUGGACUGGACAAUACCGACCAGUAGAAUAAAGGAGAUGAACGUGCUGUAUAAGAAAGUGUGCAAACCGAUGAGAAGGAAACGGAAGACGUUCAUGUACGAGAGAGAGAGGACGGACACUAAACGGGAGACCAAGCCGAAGAAGCAGGCAUUCAUGAUUAAGCAGGACAUAAAAACAGAGGGGGAUACGUUGAUUACGGCGAACCAAGUAUGCGGCAACGUCCCGGUGGAGAUGAACCCCAACGUGGUUAAAAUCGAGAACGAGAUGAAGGACUUGGAGGCCUUCGACUUCGAGACGAGCGACAGUGCUCAACCGGAUCCCGGAUUAGAGUUCAAUGACAUGCUGUAGCAUGAUUUCGGGGCCGGAUGGUGAUCCAGCGACCUAAUACUCCUACUAAUAUUCAGUCUCCGUUAAAUUUAUUUGACGAGUGCAUUAUAGAAUGGAUGUUAUAUCUGUAUGUGAAGAAUGCCUAAAAAACAGUGCGCCAUUGAUUUGUUUAUACGAAAAUAGAAAAAGCAAAAAAAUGAGUAACAAACGAGUAAGAAUGUAAUAAGUUUAUCGAAUCGGCAAAGAUUUCGUUUUUGUUAGAUAUUCUCCGAUGGAGAGGAAAUUUUUUCGCGCGAUGGAUCUCUAAUAAAUGCCACGUCGUUAAAUCGCUUUUAUCGUUGAGUCAAAACAGCAUCGCAAUACAUGUACAUAUGUGUAGUAGUAUUUUCGUAACCGCUUCCAUGUUCUCUCCGCUUGUUCAUUGCUCCUAGUUCUUAACCCAAGGAUCAGAGUUUUCCCAGCGAUCUAAUGUGUAUCAUACAUAUUCUAACGAUAUAUACGUAUAUGCAUGCAAACCAUGUUUUUCUCCAUUACGAAUACAUUAAACGUUAAACAUUUAAGAUGAUUUAUUUAAGAUCGUUUGUAACGUGUUGUGGGCGGAGAUUUUUUACCGCGUUCGAUGGAUUCGAUCAAUAGAUGAUCGUUCAUGGUAGAUCAUGAAAUGGUUGGCAAAGGGGCGGGCAGCGUGUUGUAUUCGAGUGUAUUUACAUAAUUGGUAUCUAUGUACGUACGUGUAUGGAUAGUUGUAUUACCGCUUCGGAAGGAGAAUGAGGCAACUGUAAAAAUAUAAUUUUUCGAGGGAUCAAAUAAACAAACUCGUGAUUUAACAAUAGACUUGUAGGGCAUAGGGAACAAAGCCGAUACUGGCACCAGAGAUCUAGGUUUCAAAUGUUUUCAUUAUUUGUACAAAGAGAUGUCAUGUCUUUGCGUCGCUAUUCUUCCGAAGCAGAAAUAUACAUUGACGAUUUCCAUACGAAAGAAAAGAUAUAUGACCAAAACGAAUCUUCCACGCGGUUGUUUUUGAUUAACAGAGUGAUUAAGAGGAACAUAAGAUUCGCAUAUGUUUUAAUUAAGGGCAUCGAACUAAGGAAGUACGCGUUGCUACUUUGAACGGUUAUGAUUACAAUCUUUUAAUAGAAAGCUCCAUACGAGCUAUGUCGGUGUUGUUUGAUCGAUCUAAUAGUUAAGUGUCUCUUGUUAAACGCACAUACGUUUAUAUAAUCGUGACAGAGCGACUAAAGAGUGUUUCGUAGGCAAAGAUUGAAUGAAACGGAGAAUGGGACCGUGCAAGUUAACUCGUACAGUUAAGCGAAAGUGCAAUGCUUAUUGGAAAGCGAAAGUGCAAUGAUUAUUGUACAAGUUCGAAAGGAAAGGAAAAUAUAAAGGUAAAUGCAAGUGAGUCUUUCUUAUAUCGGCAUUCGACGCUAUUUUGUCGAUAGCGUUUUAUGGUAGGACGCAGAUUAGUGAAAUGUAAUAUUUAUAUGUACAUAGCGAUAUAUGCUUGGUUGCUCCUAAUAAUUUAUUACUUUAAUUGAUAUCAUUUACUGGACGUUACUAUUAGUGAAAUAUUAUAACAUUAAACGGGAAAUAAAAUUGUGGAAUGGG